AUGGAUGAAAUAGAGUACAAGUUGGAUACUAAUAACAGUGUGCUAGUGGUGAACGCGAUAGAUAAGUUGAUAUCUGCUAUAAAAUCAAAGUUCAAGCCGACGGAACGACAGCGGUUUGUGGUGGAGAAUGAGGAGCUAAAGUUUUUGCGCGAAAAAUGUUCGUCGAAGGAUCGUAUGGUGAGCCUAACGGCGUGCCAAGGGCUAUUGGCUCUGGUGGAGCUUGGAGUUUUGGAGAUUGGACACACUAUGUCUACUGUAAUAACUUUGCUACCUAGUGCUCAUAACUAUUCAGCCAUAAUAUCAACAAUGGCAGGCCUUCUCACACUAGAUCUGCGGUCCCGCCUGAUCCCCGGGCAGUUGUACACAUGUCAAUUUGGGUUACGCUCCCCACAACACCCUCUUGUUACCGUAUUGGAGCAGAAUAAAGGCUCUGAAGAUGAAGUACUCGCUCAGAUGCAUGCUCUGUGUACACAUCCAGAUUACACGAUAUCAUCAAAUAGCCUGGAAUUACUACGACCCGUCUUCCUCUGGCUGGCUUGUGAAGGUACUCAACAUGAGGCGGGCGCGCGCCCAUGGCAGUUGCUGCUCAGUUUGCCACACAGCACAGCACAGACUGAUUUAUUGCUGGCUUGUCUCACAUGCCAUCAGAUCUGCAACCCGUCUCAAUGUGAGCGCGCACUGGCCUGCUACUGCGCAGUGGGCGACGCGGCCGUGUACCAGCAGAAAAAGGACCUCGUCAUGGCCUUACUGCCCAUGCUGGCGAGGAUAUCCACAGAGCUGGUAAAGAAUGGGAGAGACCCACGCGCUUGCUACAGCCUUAUUGAGCGUUGCUUCGCUUUGGACGCGCCUGAGCUGAAGUCAGUGGCCGGACUCACCGUCAUGCUGUUGGCUGAAAACCUCGUCCACAGUUCUGCGCUCUACCUACUUGAGCUCUUCAACCUGUGUCUCAACGUAAUAACCAAAUACGAAUACUCUACGAUAUCACUUAACACGUUCGCUGCCCUCUCUCUGCAAUGGCUGCAUCUGCCGUCCUAUUUGACAUCGUCGGCGUUAAAAAUAGCAUCGAAAAUUCUCGAUAUACACGAAAAUGAUUUUCGAGAAGAUCGCCUCCACAUGCCUAAUUUAAUGGCGAACAAAACGUUUCAAAGUUUGCUCUAUACGGAUGGACAUCUGUCGACAGUUUUCAAGUUAAAUCAAAUUUGGGAGAGAAUAAGGGAUUACCCAGAUAAAUUGAAGAGUUGGCUUCGUGAUUUGGAAAAUGUACAGGAUAGUUUGGUGAUUGAGUGGCUUCCGUUUUUGUUUGGUGUUAUUUUGGAAAAGCGUAAAGACCCAUGGUACGAGGAUAUAACAGUGCAGGCAAUAAACUCAGUGAGCACCUUAGUGAACACUAAGAAGGAGGUCUCGGUGCAAGUGUUGCCAGUGCUUCUUUAUAAAAUCGCCAACGACACAUCGCCGAAAGUUAAAAUGAACUGUCUGAAGGCACUGCCGCUCAUGGCUAAGGCGAAGGUAAACGUGCCAACGAUAGUUGCGAUAUUGAACAAAUUAAGAUCCAACAAAGGUGUGCCCACUUCAUUCCUCAUCAUGUUGUACACCAGACUGGCUGAAACGCAGGUGCGGUGUUUCCCUUAUCUGCAAGAAUUGCUGGUGGACCCUGGCGUAGGUCGAGCGGAUGACCUCAAAUGGGAGUUUGAUAUAGCCAGAGCAAUUGCCGUAAGGAGGAUUUGUGAGAUUCGGGCGACCUCGCACGGCUUGGAGCUGGUCUCCGUGAUAUCCUCGAUCUUGAACAAGUGCACGGACCGCCCCGGCGCGGCGGCGUGCUCCAUCGCCCUGGAGGCGCUGGCCCACCUGUGGCGCGCGGGCGCCGUCGCCCCGCCCAGCACCUGGAGAGCUCUGGAGCCGAAGCUGGGGAGGGAUUCCAGGCCCAAUGUUCAAAUUAGCCUUUGCAAUCUCCUAUCGGAGAUACCAUCCCUCCGGGUGUCAACAGCGGAUUACGAUAAGUUAAUAUCCGAUACUGCUCGCAAGCUGUGGAGUUAUGUAGCCGAGUCUAACCAGCCAGAGGUUGUAGAGGCGGCGUGUGACGCCUUGGCGGGGUAUCGCAUUGAGGAUUACACCCUUUCGGAUGUUCCCGAGGUAUAUCGACGAACGGUCAAAUUGCCCGCUUCGUUCUGUAAGACGCCUGCUGAUGCCGCACGGAGACCAGAAGACGUUUUGGACUAUAUACCUUGUGAAAUAUGGCCUGAAGUAUUCAAAUACACGAACCAAGCAGCCUUAUCUGGCGUUCAACGAUUCCUCACCCGUCUUGUCGAGAGAGAAAUCAAAGGAUACCGAAGUGGAGUGUAUCAGAGAGACGCCAGACAUGAACCAGAUAAUCUUAACUAUUUGCCCCCUUAUAGCGUUGUCAGGGGGCUGCUUGAGACUUUUAGGAAGCAGGCAACAUCACCUUCGUACGACUUCCCCGAUACAGUGCUUCUUUCAAUUAUCGACGUGCUGACAUCCGAGUACCCGCGUCCACUCCCACCGCUGGACCUGUGUUUCUUGCACGAAUUGUACCACAGAGGAGCUCUGUGGAAGCCGGCUUGCGUAAAGUUGGCUGCGAGACAAGCGCAGACUUCUGCCUCGGCGAGAAGGUUUUUGGAGAAUUAUUUGCAAGGAAUAGCACCUGAAACUAGUGACGAUUCGGAUAUUCUGUUAGUUUUUGAACUACUUCCAAUUUUGUGUCGGGGAAUGCCACCAAACUCUUUAAGAGACCCCAUACAAAAAUGUCUUAGCCAUUCCUUCAACAUUAUAGCUAGUAUAAAAAACAAAGAUGUUAACAAUUUAAAAUAUAUUGAGAGCAACACAAAAGUGGUCAAAAAGAAAGAAGUUCGUAAAAACUCGGAGGAAGUCGGCAAAAACUCGGAGGAAGUUGGUAAAAUACCGGAGGAGGCUAAUAAAAACUCAGAAAGUACAAAGUACAUGUUUAUAAAACAAUUGGAAAUGAUAAAAGAAUGUUUGGAGUGUGAGAAGAUUCAUGAUGCCAAUAGAACUCUAUUGUCGCAGAUUGUUGAAAAUUAUUUCUCUGUUAUAAGCGACGACAACGUGGCGUGGCCGGCGUACGCGCAGACGUGCCGGUGCUUGUCGACGCCGUACCUGGAGCGGCUGACGUCGCCCGCGGCGUGGUGGGAGCCCAGCGCCGAGCUGGCGCGCAAGGCGGGCGCCGUGCGCUGCGCCGUGGCCGCGGCCGCGCCGCUCGUCUGGCUCAACGACGUCAUCGAUGCGCACGCGCAGCUCGUCGCAGACCAAGAAUACUCCCUCCGUUGCAUAAUGCUCGCAUUAAAGGCAGCGCCUCCCGAUGAUAAGUCCACCAUCGACUGGUUCUUACAGCUCAUGGCGAGGACGCAGGUCGCUUUUAAAGAAACGGAAGACGAGUCAGUAAAACUGUACCUCUGCGACGUGUUCAUGCUAAGCAUAGCCAUAUUCAGCGGCCACUGGGUGCUGGAAGAUACCCACCAGCUGACUGGCAAACGGUCUGUUCGCCAGACUUUGUUACCAGCUGCCAGCGCAUCAUUACUUGCCAGAGGUGCCUGGGCUGACUGUACCUUACAGAUGUUGGAAUGGUUAAGCUACACGCGCGGCGCUACCCGCGACGCAGCCACGGCGCAAUGUUGUCAAAGAGCGCUGCUCGCGUUGCGACACACGCAGCCUUUUAAUCAGCAAAAGAUUUGGAAGAGAUUGUAUGGCCCUUUAUUUUGUAUAGGGUUACUUCUAGAAUACAGCCUCGCAGUACUAUAUUACUAACAUCAUAAACAAUAACUUCUGUGCCGUGACUUUUUACAAAACAUAAUUUACCUUAAAUAAACUUUUAAGUUUUCGUUGUAUGUAACAACAUACUAUCUGGUACUAUUUAAGGCAAAGUAUUUGAAGUAUAAGUUCUACGGGAGGUGAGGUGAGGGGGUCGCCUCUCGCGUCCCGCAGUCUGUUCGCAUAAAAUUAAUAUGAAUAAAAUAAGAACUGGCGGAGAAAAUUUGACACUGAUCCAAUGUUGACAAGCGCCCGAUGGCUACUGACUGGGCAGCGGAAAGCGCGGCGUGUCGUUAAACUGGCAAUUUUCAAGUUUUGGUUUAAAUGUGAAUUUAAUAAAUGUAGAGCUUCAGAUGAAAACCAUAAUUUAGCAGGUUCUUUAUAGUAUUUAAAGAGAAAUGUCUCCAUAUAAAAUUAUGUGCAAAGUUAGAUAUUGUAUUCUUAAAUAAUUCGUUUUAGAGAGUAUGAUCGG